UGUCUCUCUCUUUAUUCCCCUUUUCUGAUUGCCACUUCUUAACAGCAGAUCUGAUUUUAAUAAGGAAGUUAAAGCUUCGCGGAUUGUGAUAAACUGCAUGUUUUUGCGUUUAAACACCUGUGCGUAAGUGCAUCCAAACUAUCAUUAUCCCUUCUAUCAACACGGAUGUCCAGCUUCAAGGAGAGGAUAUGUAUCAGGGCAUAAUGACAACCAACCACGGACCCCCCUCCUAUGAGGCCGGAUUUCUCCACAACGCCUCGACGGGCACCUCUCCGGUUUAUGUGCCCACCACCCGGGUCGUCACUCCCAUGAUCCCGGCGCUGCCGUACCUCCAGACGCCCGGUGCGUCGCAGCAGAGCAGCCCGGUGUCGAGCCACUCUGCCUGGGCGCAGCCGUGCGCCGACUCGGUGCCCUCGUACAACCACUCCCCGGUGUCUCCGCGCUUCGCCUUCUCCACCAGCCCGCCUCUGUCCUCCGGGGUGGCCACGGCCCGGGACACGGCAGCUUCUUACAGCAGCCCGCUAAACAUCUCUGCCAACGGGAGGGAGCACUACGGCGCCCGGAGCCUCAGCGGGUCCUAUCACAGCCCCUACCCGGCCUACAUGAGCCCGAACGUGGGUGGAACGUGGCCGGCGUCCCCCUUUGACAGCCCGGUCCUCCACGGUCUCCAAACCAGCGCUCCUCAUGGCACAACACGGCACCCAAACGACCUGUUUGAUGACUUUGUUGAGGGGCGAGAGUGUGUGAACUGUGGGGCGAUGUCAACCCCCCUCUGGAGGCGGGAUGGUACCGGCCACUACCUGUGCAAUGCCUGCGGACUGUACCACAAGAUGAACGGCAUCAACAGACCUCUUAUCAAACCUCAAAGACGGCUGUCUGCCUCGAGGAGGGUGGGCCUGUCUUGCUCCAACUGUCACACCACCCUCACCACCCUGUGGCGACGAAACGCAGAGGGAGAGCCAGUCUGCAACGCCUGCGGCCUCUACAUGAAACUCCACGGGGUACCACGACCCCUCGCAAUGAAGAAAGAGGGCAUCCAGACCCGCAAACGUAAACCUAAGAACCUCAACAAGUCCCAAACUGGUGAGUCUGGUGAGACUGGGACCCCUGGCAGUGAGGGGACUCCCGUCACACCAAGCAGCACUCCCCGGGCCUCCACCACCACAGAGGAGCCUCGCCAGAUAAAGACAGAGCCGGACACUCACAGCUUGUACACACACCACAGCGCACAUGCACAGAUUUCAUCUCUGCCUGCCUACAUGGCAACUCAAGGUGGGGCCAUUCCUCUCAAGAUGUCCCCUGGGGGCCACAGUGGGUCAUCUGGCUCCAAAGCUGAGCCCUGGAGCAACCUAAUCCUGGCCUAGAAGACCUACAACCAACAUCUCAGACGAAACUUUCUAUAGCAGUUAAGCUCUCCUUAGAGACAGAAAGCAGACUGCUGCUCUGGAUGCAGAUGUUCCUGCAGCCUACACACCAUACAGUGCCUUCAGUGCAACACUAGGGGACACAUACUGUAUGUAUGUGGGAGCCACCAAAGAAAUGGAGACCUUAAACAGAACUGUGCAUUCAAUCACAGCAAUCAAGGACUGAAUGGAGUUUGUUAAAGUGCAGCACUGUGAUUAGACACACACAGUAAUGCUCAAUAUGAAAAACUGCAACAAGUGGAAAAACUUCUUUUGUCAUUCAUCUUUUCUGUCAUGCCAGUGCAGAUGCAUUAAGUGACAAAUACUGUAACAUGAACCAGUAACAAAUAACAGUAAUAGUCAGACUUUAAGUCUUUGAUUUUUUAAAAAAUGUAGUUAUAAUUUUCUUAAUUUUCACAUUAUUGGACAAUUUGCCAUAAAAUAGACACUCAUAACAUGUAAAGAAUCCCAACAGCAAAUCUUAAUGUCAAAAGUAACACCAUUAAGGAGUUGCAAGGGUACUUAAAAGGUCAGUUCACAUUAAUAAGAAAAACAGCAACUAUAUAUCUUCACACUCAUGAUGAUAUCUACUGGCAGAUAUCACAUAUCAGUGCAACAGAGGUAAAUGAAAAUUAUAUUUCUAACACUCAAAAGCCUUGUGUCUUUACAGAGCAAACAAUGUGCCAAUUACUUAGUAAUCCACAGAUGACAAAUUUCAGUAUUUUGCAUGUUUGGUUAACCUGUUCUCACUCCUAGAUCGAUCGAUUUAUUUUGAAGAGAGGUACCAGCCUGAUCUCAUUCCCACAUUAUCAAAUACCAACACUUAUCAUGAAUUCAUGAAUUGGGAAUGACAACAGGUGUAGGUUGGUGGAUAAUUCAAACUGUUAAAAGGUGACGAGGUCUGUGGAUUAUUCAGAGUAUGCGGUAAAGCACUUUGCUAUUGAGUUUUUCUCAAACAUCCAGUUAUCUUAGUUUAAAUAGUGCGGCUCGGUCUCUUUAGAUGAUAAAACCAACUGGAAAGCAAAUCACCAGUAGGGGUAAAUGUAAAAGAAUAUGAAUGUGAUUUUUCAUUUGGGUGAACUGACCCUUUAAAGAUAUCCAAAUAUUGACACUCACUGAUCACAGUCAUUUAUAUAUGAUACCUAUGAUCGUAAUGCCCAGUUGGAAAUUCACAGUAUAUCUAAUCUGACUAAGACAAGCUAAUCAGGAGCUUUUAUCAUAAACUGAAUCGUUUAAGACAUCCAUCACUCCUCAACACCAGAGAAACUAUGACCUUUAGUAAACAUGAUCUCCCAUUCAGUGCAAUAAAACAGCUCCCUGCUGGCUUUUUCAUUUAAAGUGUAAAAAAUGCAUGUUAGUAUUGACACCUGUACAUAUAUAUACACUGUACAUAAAAACACAUGAAAAUCUGCUAAUGCAGCAAGCAGGUUGCAUUUGAUGAAUGCAGAUGGAAGUAAUGGCACAUUACUCCCUCUGCUGACACAAGUGCAGAUGUGCAUCUACAAGAAAACUUAAAAAGUGCCUUUCAUCCUGCUAGUAUUUAUUAUUAAAGACACAACCCCAAACUACACAAUCAUCUAACUAUCAUCUGUCACCUAAAGGUUGUUUGAUAAAUGAUGAAAUGUGUAUUGUAUCAAGAAUGUACAGUUUGUUAGCGAUACUUAAUGCUUUAAUUUGCUUGUGACAAGCAUGGGGGGACAACGUGUGUAAAUGUGGGAUAAUUACCAACAAAUAUAUGAGCAUAUAUGUAAAAA